GCCUGGACCAAAUUCGCAGGCAACCUAUCCCUCGGUGUCAAAAUAAGCCCCGACAAAUACUAACGAGAGCUGCUUAUUAUCAUUUUUGUACCCAGAGUCUUGUUUUUUUUCCCUUGAUAGUGAUGGGUAGUUCUGCAAAUUCUAUACUUUCACUGAUAAAAUCAUCUUCAUUAUCAAAGUCCCAAUUACUACAAAUCCAUGGACAUAUUAUAUGCACAUCUCUAAUCAAAGAACCUACAGUUGUAACCAGUUUGUUGUCACUGGUUGCUCUGUCAUCAUCUCCGUUGAGAGACAUACACUAUGCUCAUCAGAUUUUCACUCAAAUCCCCAAACCCAGUUUCCAUCAGUACAAUGUGAUGAUCAGAGCUUAUUCUCAGAGCAAUUCACCUGAAAAAGGGGUUCUCUGUUAUAAUCAAAUGCGAAACAACCGUGUACAGACUGACCCUUUUGUUUUGUCAUUUGUUCUGAAAUCUUGGACCAGAAUGAACCAUUUGAUUGGUGGUAAACAGAUACAUUGUAGGGUUUUGAGUGAUGGGUUUCAAGCUGAUUCUUUGUUGUUAACUUCAUUGAUGGGUUUGUAUGCCUCUUGUGGAGAUGGAACUGAUGCUCGUAAAUUGUUUGAUGAAAUGUCUAUAAGGGAUACUGUUUCUUGGAAUGUUUUGAUUUCAUGUUAUACUCGUAAUGGUCGGAGUCGAGACGCGUUAAGCCUAUUUGAUGUUAUGCAGAAGGAGGGGUGUGAGUCAGAGCCGGAUGACGUUACGUGUUUGCUUCUCCUACAAGCUUGUUCUCACUUGUGUGCAUUGGAAUUUGGUAAACGGAUUCAUAAGUAUGCUGAUGAUUAUGGAUAUAGUGAUAGGAUUAAAGUUCGUAAUGCGCUCAUAUCUAUGUAUUCGCGAUGUGGGAGCUUUGAUAAGGCAUUUGAAGUGUUUCAGGGGAUGCAUGAUAAAAAUGUGGUUACUUGGAGUGCAAUGAUUUCUGGAUUAGCAAUGAAUGGUCACGGAAGGGAUGCUAUUGAAGCUUUUAGAGAAAUGAAGAAAGUGGGUGUUUCCCCUGAUGAUCAAACCUUUACUGGAGUUCUUUCAGCUUGUAGUCAUGUUGGGUUGGUUGAUGAAGGUUUGGACAUUUUUGAUUCCAUGAGAGAAUAUGGAAUAAACCCGAAUAUUCAUCAUUAUGGGUGCAUAGUUGAUCUCUUGGGUCGUGCAGGUUUACUUGAUCAGGCGUAUGACUUUAUAACAUCGAUGAGAGUUAAACCUGAUUCAACAGUGUGGAGGACUCUACUUGGAGCUUGCAGAAUUCAUCGUCAUGCUUCACUUGGAGAACAUGUUGUAAGUCAUCUGAUUGAGCUAAAGGCUCAAGAAGCCGGAGAUUAUGUCUUGUUAUUGAACAUAUAUGCUUCUGUUGGGGACUGGGAGAAAGUUGCUAAUGUGAGGAGGUUGAUGAGAGAAAAAGGAAUCCAAACAACACCAGGUUGUAGUACGACGGAGAUUAAGGGCAAAGUGCAUGAGUUUGCAGUUGAUGAUGAUGCUCAUCCAAGGAAAAAGGAGAUUUAUGAGAUGCUGACCGAUAUUGAAAAGCAAUUGAAAAUGGCAGGUUAUGUUUCUGAUAUUACUUGCGAGUUGCAUAAUUUGGGUGCUGCGGAGAAGGGAAAUGCUCUCAUUUGUCAUAGUGAGAAGUUGGCAAUUGCUUUUGCAGUUCUUGUGACUCCUCCAAAUUCAAAAAUCAGAGUGUCCAAUAAUUUACGUAUUUGUGUUGAUUGCCAUAAUUUUGCAAAGGUUUUAUCUUCGGUGUACAAUAGAGAGGUGGUUAUUAGAGACCGUAGCCGGUUCCACCAUUUCAAAGAAGGAUUGUGUUCCUGUAAUGACUACUGGUAGGUAUCUUUUGGAGCUCAGAAAGUGACAACACAUGGUUUACCAGUGAAAUCAGGAAACUGGGACACUGAUUUGCAAGGCAGUCAUCUUUUCUCAUCACUGAAGUUCUCAGGUACAGGACAGACUGCCACCAUAAGUGCACUCAAAAAGAGCAUGACAGGCGUCCUUGAGUGAGGGAUCAUCGAUUUAGCUUGAAAUUCUCCAAUUAAUGAAACUCAUUCUGUGUAAAUGUAUUUGUAAGCUCUAAAGCCUGUAUGUAAUGAAUGCGUUGAAUCACAAGCAGGAGGUUCAGUAAGUUGUAACCAAGAGGAUGCAUCCAUUGUUGAUUUGGAAACCAGAGGUAUGCUAGUUCUGGACCUUUGAGAA